CGUUCUGGGUUGUCAGAUUGUUGAAUAUUUCAGUGUCUUAUUACAUCGGUAAGGUUUUUACUUAUAAUGUGCAUGUGGUUAGCAUGCACAAUAAGUGCUAAAACACAAGGAAGUUAAUCACUAAAAAAAAUAUAUGGGGGGGAUUAGUUUGAGGCCACUGUUGUGCACGAUUAGCAACUCUUGACUUCCUUUUUUAAAACAAGGCUUGCAUUUUCAACAAACAGUAUUUGAGUGAUAAUGCAUAUAGAAUCAGCUGAACUUCAAAGUUAUAAAUGGACUGGAGACUUGAAAGAUUAUUGAUGAAAAUGAAGAACUUUCACGUGCUGUGGAUCUGGAUCUUUCAGUCAGCAGGAAUUGGGAUUUUGGCUACAGGUCAAACUGAGAUACAUGGACACAGUGGAGAAACUGUCACAAUCACAUGUUCCCACAGCUGGGCUUCAAGCAAUAUAAAGUAUUUCUGCAGAGAUCCAUGUGAAGACAAAGAUAUUUUAGUGAAAUCUGACCAGUCACCUACAGGUAGAUACACACUGAAGGAUUCAGGAAACACCUUCACUGUGAUCAUCUCUGAUCUACAGGAGUCAGACUCUGGGAUUUACUGGUGCGGAGUGGACAGAUUUGGUUAUGACUCAUUUAAAAAAGUCAAACUGACAGUAUCUAAAGACACAGACACAAACAGACCCACAACUCCUAAACCAGCAGCAAGUUCUCAAUCCUCCACAACAAGAAGUUCAUUCUCCACAUCUUCAGCAUCUGGUGACAUCACAGAAUCAUCUUCAUCAACAGGAUUUAAAGGUCCUGUUCUUUCACUCAGACCAACAUUUAAUGAGAACGGUGCACAAACUUCACUCUCCUCAGGUCCUCUGAUGUUCACAGCGCUCGGACUGACUGUUAUCUUCAUUAUAUUUGGGGCGGUUCUCUGUAUAUGGAAUAAUCAAAAGAAAAAUUCACACAGUUCCAAGGUUGAUGCUGAAAUCCAAGACAACACAUGUACUACAGAGACUGCUGGUGAAUACACAGAGAUCACGGAGACCCAACUACAGUUUAACGCACCCACAAACCACAGCACUUAUACAACAGUUAUUUACAUAUGCAGCCAUUAGCACACAUGCUCCAGGUUGUGGACCAAGAACUGUUAUAAAGUCCGAAGACACUGUAACCUCUGACAAUGUGCAUGUUUGAUGUAAGUAGUUGAGGCCUCAUGUCUGAACGUGUUUUUUCUUCCUUUUUUUCACUGUGUAAAUGAAUAUAUUUGUUGGCUGUCAGACUGUGGAAUGUCUGAUUAUCUUAUUUUAGCAGUAAGGUUUUUACUUGUACACUGUUACUGUUCUGCUCCAAGAUUGUCACGUGUGUAGGUUUGGCGCCACCUAGUGUCAGUUCAGAGUAAAGCACAUUUCUCAUACAGUCAGUUUCUCCUCAAUCUUUGGAUGCUAUCCUUUGUGUUUGUAAAAGCGUCAUCUGUAAGUCUUUAUAUAAUACUUGAUUCUAUAUAUAUUUGUAUAUAUUUGUGAUAAAAUUAUUUCUCUAUACCAGUUAAUAUUUGUAUUUGCUGCUUUUUUUUGGAUAUCUGAUAAUCUCAAUAAGUAAAUUGAGUGCAUCCAUAACAUUUGAGAUUUUUUCCGAUAUAAGUCAGAGCUGCUUGUGUGCAUAUUCUUUAGUUGUUGUAUAAUUAUUCUGAUUAUUGUUUGUUCACUGUUUUUUUUUUUUUUUUUCAGUUUUACUCCUAAUUCAUAAUGUACACCUCAACGGCUUCUUAUUAAAAUGUCAAAGUCUAAGAUGAAUCCUGAAUCUUCUGUAAUUUAUGGAUGGAGUUUGGCUGAUGGUAAAAAUGCAUUCGCACAUGCGAGAAGAACAGUACAGUUAUACUGAGAAACAUUUCACACUGAUCUAGGAUCAGAUUGUUUAAUGUCAAAAGACUCAUUCCAAACAUGAACGAAAGCCCCAACACUUACCUCCGAUCAGUGUGAAAUGGUUAGCAUGUCUACACAUCAAGUGUUAAAACAAGAGGACAAGAGGAAGUCAUCUACGCUAUAUUAAAGGAGGGAUGAUUAGAUUGACACCAUCAUACGAGUUUAACCACUCUGACUUCCUUUGUAUUAAAAUAU